AUGUGUAUAUACCGAGCCACCAAUGGCGGAGAUGCCCAGCACCAGGUUAAUCAAAGCAGCAUCAAUUGCGCUUUCGAAAGUGGCAGCGGCAGCCCGAAGGUUUGCGAGGAAUACCAUGCAAAGACAGCAAAGUUCAAGAACUUUCAAGGAGUUUGCCGACCCAUGAACACCUAUAGCAACGACGAAAACAACGCUGUCAACAAAUUUUGGCUGUCCUUUUGGAACAACUCAUUCCUCACUUGGGGGAUCCCAAACCUUUUCAGCUCUGAAGGCCAGGCACAGUUCAGGGCUCGUGUGAAUCAAAUCGCAGACUUUAUUUUGUUAUGCUCCCUCGCCCUCAUCAUUGAAACAGCUCCACAGUUUUCAGUGUUGCAGGUUGUCAUGGCUGCCAUUAUUGGCUACUACGUUUCAGCUGCUACAUUUGCAAUUGCUCACAUGAGCCUGCAUUCUCGGGUCUUGGAUUAUCAUUGGUCUGGUUGCCGCACAGCCUUCUAUGUGUUUGCAUACAUUCAUCACCGAAGCCCUCACUCAGCUGAUACAUUUACAAGUCAACUAUUGAUCAUGUGCUUGCCAUCGAUUCGUCAAAAAGGCAGAAUGUGGUAUGAGUAUUUCAAGUACGCCAGCCUUUUCUACUUAUGUUGCCAAUGCAGCCAUACUCGUCUCUUGACUGGGUGGUUCCUUCUUUCCUGGAUCAUGGAGGCUGGAUCACACCACCAUGCUCAUGGUCAUACCAAGGGUCUUCCCAGGUUUGUUCGGUUGCUGGUCUGCUUUGUGUAUGCUCCUCUUGGCCUCUGCCCUUCCAAGGAGCACCACAAAAAGCACCAUGACUACAGCCAAGAUACACGUUUCAGCAACUUUACUGAUCUCAACACUCCUGCAUUGGAUUUUGUGUUGAACCAUGUCUGGGACUGGGCUUACAGGCGCUACUAUGAGAUUGGACAGCUUCAUGACUCAGCCCUGUCACUUUCAGAUUCCUGGAUCGUUUUCUUGCUCAAUUUCACUGGCCUGGCUUGUGCCUGGUCUGGGGCCUGCAUUGUUGGCGUCAAUGCGACCCAGUUUUGUAUUUGGAUGCCCAUUUUCACCCAUGCAGCCGAUCCCCUGCGUUUGCUACGUAGUUACCGCAACAUCAUGAAAAGGUUUGGCUUCUUUGGUGGCAUCAAUGCAUCAAGGAACUCAUCAUCCACGGUCACCAAGAACAAAUGA